UCGGAGGCGGCGGAGCCGGAGCCGGGAUCGGGAUGGAGCGGGCGGCAGGGCCCGGAGCCGGCCCCGGUUCCUCGCUGGCCGAGGGGCUGAUCAAAUCGCCGCGGCCGCUGAUGAAGAAGCAGGCGGUGAAGCGGCACCACCACAAGCACAACCUCAAGCACCGCUACGAGUUCCUGGAAACGCUGGGCAAGGGAACCUACGGGAAGGUGAAGAAAGCUCGGGAGCGCUCCGGGAAGCUGGUGGCCAUCAAAUCCAUCCGGAAGGACAAAAUCAAGGAUGAGCAGGACCUUGUCCACAUCCGGAGGGAGAUUGAGAUCAUGUCCUCGCUCAACCACCCCCACAUCAUCGCUGUGCACGAAGUGUUUGAGAACAGCGCCAAGAUCGUCAUCGUGAUGGAAUACGCCAGCAAGGGCGACCUGUACGAGUACAUCAGCGAGAGGCAGCGGCUCUCGGAGCAGGAGGCGCGGCACUUCUUCCGCCAGGUCGUGUCCGCCGUCUACUACUGCCACAAGAACGGGAUUGUGCACCGGGACCUGAAGCUGGAGAACAUCCUGCUGGAUGCCAACGGGAACAUCAAGAUCGCAGAUUUCGGGCUGUCCAACGUGUUCCAGCAGGACAAGCUCCUGCAGACGUACUGCGGCAGCCCCCUGUACGCGUCCCCCGAGAUCAUCAACGGGCGCCCCUACAAGGGCCCCGAGGUGGACAGCUGGUCCCUGGGUGUCCUGCUCUACAUCCUGGUCCACGGCACCAUGCCCUUUGAUGGCCACGACUACAAAACUCUGGUCAAGCAGAUCACGAGCGGGGACUACAGGGAGCCCACGAAGCUGUCAGACGCCUGCGGGCUGAUCCGCUGGAUGCUGAUGGUGAACCCCGAGCGCCGCGCCACCAUCGAGGACAUCGCCACGCACUGGUGGGUCAACUGGGGCUACAGAACAGCCCUGGGCGAGCAGGAGGAGCUGCUGCGGGACAGCGAGUCCCCGCUGGCCUCGGUGGCCGAGUGGCUGCGCCGCUCCUCCCGCCCGCUGCUGGACAACGGCUCCAAGGUGCGCUGCUUCCUCAAGCAGCACCUGCCCGGCGCGGCCCUGGAGCGCCAGCGCUCCCUCAAGAAGUCCAAGAAGGAGAACGACAUCUCGCAGGCCCUUCAGGAGGCGCCCCCGGGGCCCGAGAACCCCGCCAAGUCCGUCCUCAAGCGGCCCAAGGGCAUCCUGAAGAAGAGGAACUCUGUGGAGCAGAAGGCGCCCAGCCCCGGGGAGGGUGGCGAGGGUCCCCCCGCGGGGCUGUCCCGGCUCCCGCAGCCCCCCGGGACAGCGGCGGCAGCGCCCAGGAAGGGAAUCCUGAAGAAACCCUCGGCCAGGGAGUCUGGGUAUUACUCAUCCCUGGAGUGCAGCGAGUCCGGGGAUGUUCUGGACGCGGCGAGCCUGGACCUGGACGGGCCCGUGUUCGCCGAGCCCUGCCCGGCCCCGCAGGGGCUGCCGGCCCGCAGGAAAGGAAUCCUCAAACACAACGGCAAAUUCUCCUCCUCGGGGGGCAGCGCGGAGCCCCCCGGGACCCCCCUCGAGAGCGCAAUCGGGGGUUUCGGGGAGGUGUCGCUGCCGCAGGGACCCCGCGCCCGGCCCGGCAGCGCCGUCAGCGAGGACAGCAUCCUGUCCACAGAGUCCUUCGAGCAGCUGGAGCUGCCGGCCCGCCGCGCCCCCGGGGCCGCCAUGCGGGGCUGCGCGUCCGCAGAGAGCCUGCUGCGGCUGGAGGAGGAGGAGGAGCGGGAGGAAGGGCGGCGGCUGCGCCGCUGGACUGUCACCCACUGCCGCAGCCCCUUGGCCGAGCGCAGCGCGUCCCUGGCGGGGUGUGACAGCGGCACCGAGCUCUACCGGCGGGCUGUGGCCGUCGGGGGGAAGCUGAGCUGAGCCCUCCUUUUCCUUUCCUUUUCCUUUCCUUUUCCUUUCCUUUCCUUUCCUUUCCUUUCCUUUCCUUUCCUUUCCUUUCCUUUCCUUGCCUUGCCUUGCCUUGCCUUGCCUUGCCUUGCCUUGCCUUGCCUUGCCUUGCCUUUCCUUUCCUUUCCUUUCCUUUCCUUUCCUUUCCUUUCCUUUCCUUUCCUCCUUCCUUUUUCUUUUUUCCCUUUUCCCACCUU